AUGACGCGACUAUUUCACUUGGAUGUAUGGUCUCCAUACCUUGCACAUUAUCCUUAUGAUCAUCGUCGUCGACGCAUAAAUAAAGAAAGUAUCACUCUCGUUUGGUUUGAUCUAUGUGCAGACGACGAAGACAAUGACGGAGAACUAAUAGAGCGUCUGCGUGCUAUUAACGAUUUUUCUCUAAUUUACCAUGAUUUAGAUGUGUGCCGUUCCUAUGCAGAAUCAGUCAAUACAGAAAAAAUUUUGCUUGUUACAUCAAAUGCAGGUGCCUGUGCAAUCCUACCUGCACUCAACGAUCUUGUUCAACUUGAUUCAGUCUUCAUUUUUGAUAAUGCUGAUACAAUUGCAGAUUCGACAUCACAUGCAUAUUCCACAACCAAACUCGUGGGUAUGUCUAACGAUUGGGCAAAUCUUGAAAAAACUAUUAUCGCAACAAUCAUCAAACUUCGCAAACACAUGGAUUUAUUUAAUUAUUUUGAUCAAAACCAAUCAUCAACACAUAAUAUUACUGAACAACAAUCUGACUUUCUUUGGUAA